CGCAACUAGUUUUGUUCCUUUACGAACAGUUUAUAUAUUUAUUAGCAAUUAAAUCGAUGCUGAUACAGUAGACGAUAGACUGAACUUGAAUUUUGUUGGUUGAUGGCCGCCGAUAUUACAUCAGGUAAUACGAUAUAAAUCCGUUCAAACGUGCUGCGAAUUCGUUUAGACCAAAUAGUGUAUACAAAUUAUCUUUGAAAAACUACUCAGAUAUAUAUAAAAUUAUAUCUAAUUUAAUGCAAUCAAGAUAACUAUUAAGGUACGUACCCAUUUUCCUUUUAUAUAUAUAUAUAUAUGUAUCUAUUAAACCAAGUUUAAAAUUUUGUAUUAGCUUUUUAUACAAAUCUAUAAUUAUUUUCCCAUCUUGUUGAAACUUGACAUUCAGUUCAACCUUAAAAUAAAUCACUUUUUGAUUUGAUUUAUCCGAAAAUUCUUCAACCAUCUGGUCCGCGAGAUUUUUUAUCUCGAAUACAGUGUCGGCCCGGCACACCAAAAUCUCCGGGGGUAAGGGUUCAUUUUUAAACCGGUGCAGUAUUGGGUCCAGAAUAGUGUUGGGUACUAUCGAAUAGUACUAUUCGAAUUGUACGAUAGUCCAACAUAUUCGAAAGUAUUUAAACUAUUCGAGAGUAUCGAAUAUUUCGAAUUAUUUGAUAGUUUUGAACAUAAUGAAUUAUUAAAUAGUUACGAAUUAAUUCGUUAAUUCAUAAUAUGUUAUGAUACUUAUAUAACCUUGUGAAAUCAAUAUCCGGUGAGCCAAACAAAAAAAACCAGUUUUUUUGACUCGUAUGUUUAUUGCAAAAAUAUUCAAUUACUAAUAAUUACUUAAUAACUUUAGACAUUUUCAAUGGUGUCCCUGUGGUCUUUUUUGCCAUAUCCUGCAUUCCACCAAAAGCAGUUACGGUGUUGCGUGUAUUACGUAGUAAAUUACUAAUAAACAUAAUAGGUAUCACAUUUCUCAGAAAUUGGUAGAGUAUUUGAAUAGUUUUUAGUCGGCGUAUUCAAAUAAUUUUAUUAUGUUUACACAAUGUUUUCUACCAGAAAUAUUACUCCAAUCGAAAAAUGAUAUGAAAUCGACGUUUUUCCUUUGAAUACAUAGCCACUGACAGAUGAAGUCGUUUUUCGACAUGCAAGGUAAUUUUUUUAAUAAUUGAAAAAAACAAAAAAGACGAAAUAUACGAUUUAAUGUUUUUAAAUUUGAAUGGCUUAUGUUUUCUACCAAAAAUAUUGCUUCAAUAGAAAAACAUCGAGAUAUCUUUUUCGUUAAAUUUUUAACAUUGUUGGCGACUAAGAAAUCUAUUUUUGAUUUUCUUUGUAGUCUUUUUAAUAAUCAAGUAAAACCGAAAAAACACGAAGAACAAGAAAAUUUACGAAAACAAUUCUUUUUUUUUUAAAUUUUGUGUUUAUUGCAUUAUUAACACGCCGCUGUACCGUUACACAAAUAAUACUUCACUACUCUCCUCCAACCUAAACUUAAAAGUGGAAUAUCUCGUCAACGACUUGACAGAAAUCAAAAAUUUCAACACUCAAAUAAAUUUGAGUGUUGAAAUGAGUAUUAAGUGAAUUCAGUAUUGAAAAUCGAAAGUAGGUAGUGAUUUUAAAAUAAUGGUUACAAAAAAAAAAAAACAUAAAUAUACAAUUGUAGGGUAGUUUGUUUCUUAAAUGUACUAGAAAACAAAUUCCGGAAAAGUUAAUACUUCCCUAGAUAAUGAGUGUACCCACUUAAAUGAAUCACCUGGUAUAGGUAAAUGAGAACAUUUACCUGAAAUUAUUAAAUUCCUUAGAUUACUGCGGUGGUUAUCAAUUUUUAUAUUUUAAAACACAUCAUAUGAUUUUUUUCGAUUUAUUGAUUUCUUCCGUAACACGGAUGAAAUCCACUUAAAUGGAUCGCCCGGUUAAGUACCUACUUUUAUUUGGUAGGCAUCUGUUAGUUAAAUUAUGUAUCAUAUGAGGAAUUCUUAAAAAUUCUACACAUUGUACAUUAUAAGUUAAAGACUGGAAAUCAAUAAUGAGCUAAAUGCCAAAAAGUUGAUUUUGAGUUAUUCAAUCUUUUUUUGUUUUACUAGUAGCCAUGAAAUAUAUAGCUCUCGCUUCAUAUUGUUGGGCCUUUUAUACUACUAUUAUUGUAUUCGUGACAUAUAACGCAUUUAUGAGUUGUUAGCGAUGGCACAUAGCUCAAUUUUUCUAAUCUAACUCAAUAUUUUUUUUUUGGCAUUCAGCCCAUUAUUGAUUCCAGUUUUCAGUUUUACUUAGUGGUCUAAAACAGUAAAAAACAAAUUUGAGUUUAUUGCAUUUUUUUUCUUUUUCCAAUUAGCGUUUUAAGAUUAUAUUUUAUCAAAAAUCGUAAAAAUUAUAAUAAUUAUUUAUUUUUUUAAUUACUGGUUUUUUCAGAUUUUGCCUUAAAAGAUAAAAGAUGUUGUGGAAGCUGUACUUAAUCUUACAGUUGGGUACAAUUUAUACUAAUCAGCAAUCCACGGAUUAUCCACCACUUUUCGAGGGUUUGUUGAAUAUUCUUAACGAAGGUGUAGAGUUUAUGAAUCGUCAAACAACGGAAGAACGGGUCUCGUUACGCGAAUAUGAUUUCAUUGUAGUAGGCGCCGGUUCUGCUGGAUCAGUAGUAGCCAAUCGACUGUCAGAAGUAAAUACAAAAUGUUUUGUAAUAAUAUCGAUAUCAAACUAAGUUGAGAUUGCAUCUCAACUAUUUAGGGUCACAGCUAUCCUUGUCAUAAACUUCCACUUGACCCGAACCCCCACACAUCGUCUUUGCAUACAACCGCCAUCCUCAUAUCAUUCUCAAUCUCAUCCACUCAACUCUUUUUUGAUCUUUCUUUCCCCUUCUUUCCUUCCUACUUUUGAGCCACUUUUGAGUUUUUGAGGAAUUUUAAUUUUUGAGAGUUUUUUUGCUGUUAUCCGGUUAUAAAUACACCUAGAGACUUGAAACUUGGUAAUAAUACUUACAUUUGAUUUACCUAGACGUAGUAAAAUUUCCAAAAUCAUCGGACGACUUUUUUUUUUGAAAUCAAAUUUAAACAAAAAUCGCAUAAGGCACUUCAAAUUAUGUAUUACCGAAUUGCGAAUUACCAAAUCAACUUUCGUCAUGCAACUUUUAUUGUUGCUUACAGAUAUAAAUAAAAUAACCUUAUGUAUCCUACCUUUCCAACUUCUCACCUACAACAGUGGCCGUUCCCAUCCUCAGUAUCAGUUCUUUUUUUUUUAUUUUACUGUAUGACAAUAUUUAGACAUUUUGAUUAGUCCCCCACGAAAUAAAAUUCUGGAUACGCUCCUGAAUCUAAUUGACCAUCUUCUAGUAUAUCUGCCUCGUUUAGGAUAUGAGAUAUACUUUUUAAGAAUAGCAAAAAUCCAACGAAUCCAGUUUUUUGUGAAGACUAAACUAUAUGGAUUUAUUUAUUUUGUUUAACCGUUUUAUGCUUCAGAUUUUGUAAGUAAGAUACCGACAACUGUAUAAAGUUGAAUAUUUAUAUUGUUGGCAAGUUUUAAUGGCUUUUUAUAUUAUGCAUUACUUGGGUAAUUUUGGGUAUUUAGGGAAUUUAAAAUGUUAUUAAUAUACGGAGGGAUAAGUCGAAUCACAAUUUUAGAUUCUGAGUGGAGCUUUCACUUAUGGUUUUAUAAAGAUGUUUUUAUGUUUUUAUUUCUGUAGACAACUUUUCUACCAACAACUUUGCUUCAAUUUAUAUUGAUAAUAAUGUUUCUAAAAAUAAAUCCGACUGGGGAAUUACUGUAAAGAGGUUAUUUUUCGAUUUUCUCAGGAGUUUUCUCAGCAAAUAUAAAAAACCGGGAAAAACAUAGGAAAACUGAGAAAAACGCAGGAAAACCGGGAAAAUUGGUAUUACAUUAAACAAACAUUAUUAAAGAAAAAAUAUAAAGCCUAUUUAAUUAUUCUACCAUAAUAUGACAUAGUAGAUUGUUGAUAAAACAACAUUAUCAACUGAACUUGGCUCUGUAUCUAUUUUUCGUUAGCAAUGGUUAAUCGUUACUUACAGAUAUACAUUAAAUUACCUAUAUACAAUAGUGUCUGCGCUACUCUCCAAUAUCCUAGGAUAUAUUUUUAAAAUCUGUAAGUUUUAGAUUCUUUUUACAAUAUGUCAUUGUAUCAGCUGAAUGGCUGAAUGUCUGUGCGGCUAUAAGCUCAGUGCCUUAUCUAAAUAUUUUGGACUAUGAAACAAACAAUUAUUUAAAGGGCCUCUCCACAAAAUCCAUUUAUGAACAGGGUUUUUAAAAUUGGAAACCUCACUAAUUCUAUAAUAAUAGCUUUAAAUACAACUGAAAAUACUUUCAGUAUUGGUGCCUGUGAAAUCUUGUACUUCCUUUUAAAACUCGGUCUUUAAAUCCAAGCACACAACAUGUAUUAUAGAAUAACAAUUACUAAAACAGUAAAAACACUAGAAGUAUCUUAAAGAUUAUAAGUUUCUAAUAAUAUUUUACAUAUUUUGGUAGUUUGAUAAGAAUAAUUUUCUGCUAUCGUGAUUUUAUUAAUAUCGGAAAAACUUUAUCAUCGAUUUAUUCAAGAAUACCCACAAAUGUAAGGUCGUCUCUUUUGCAAAACGUUGGUUUAAGUUAUCUCUCUCAAAACAACCACAACCAUUCAAUUAUGUCUAUGUAUAAGAAGGCUAAUUACAUACAAUUUGUAUUUAAGGUGCCUACAUGGAACGUGUUGCUGAUCGAAGCCGGCAAUGAAGAACAUUUUGUAAUGGACAUCCCGUUAUUAGCCAACGUAAUGCAGUUCACAGAAGCUAAUUGGAAGUAUAAAACAAUGCCCUCGGAUAAGUAUUGCUUAGGUAAUUCCAAAAGUAGUUAUUAUAAACCACAUAACAUUCAAAAUAUGUUUAGGUUUUAGUGUUAAUCUAACCUAACCUAACCUAUAUACAGCCAAUACAAUUUUUAAACAAACCACUGAAACUUAUGUUAAGCAUUGUUAACAAAUUUCAUGAGCCACCGAAUAAUACAUCAAUUUAUAAUUGUUCAUUGACGAGUGGGAAACAAACACGGCAGUAUUUUAAUCUGUAAGCAAGGUGAUUUUUGUUUUUCUGUGUAAUUUCCUUAAUAAUUAGAAAACUAGAAAAAAACGAAGAAAAAUCGACAAUGUUUACGGAAAAAAUGAUUUUAUUAAUUUCAAUUUUUUUUUAUAUUAUUGAGCUAUUUAUAGGUAUUAAAUAUUUUCAAACAAAAAUGUAUGUAUAAUCAUAGAAUAAUAAUUUUUAUUUUAUAAGCAUAUUUUGAGAUCAAAUAUUGACGAUAAUUUUAAUUAUUAAAGGGCUCCCUGCAACAACAAAAUGUGUCCAUUUUUUAAAAUUGUUCAAGGGAAAUAAAAUUGAAAAAAAAAUUAUUUCACUAACAAUAUUAUAUACAUACAGCUACUAUUUAUUUGUUAAACAUAAUAAUUUUAAAUAACUAUACCAAUCUCAGAAUAUAUUUUAAAUUAAUGUAGAUACUUAGCUGAUGUUUUGCUGAAAAUGUAAGAAUAACUUUGACCCGGGUAAUUUUGAUUUUGAAUAUAUAGCUAAAAUAUAAGUGUAAAAUAAUGAAACCAAACUAAAGAUUAUAAAGUAUAUCCACCCCAAAAAUUAAUUUAGUUACAUUAUUCACAAUGUUUGUAUUAAUAUCAUAGUAUUGAUGGUUUUUAGGGUUUUACGUUUCAUUACAAAAUACAAUAAAUUAUUUUUCUGGAAAAUUGCACAAACCUCCCCAAUUUUUUUUCUGGUAAAAAUAUAAUUACCUAGUAAAUUAAAUAAUAAAAUAUUUAGAGUACCUAGACCGCAAUAACAGCCAGUAAGUGAGAGAUUAUCAAACUACCGGGCUAGAAAUAUUAUUUACACAGGGUAACCACUUCGGAGCAAAAUCAAGAUAAGUUCAGACAAAUUUGGGUUUUUCUCAUGUAAACCUUACUUCAAAAAAAUUGAUUUAGCCUAUAUCUCCGUUGAUAACAAUCGAACUUAUCUUGCUCUUGUACAUAAUUUUAAGGAAAAGACAACUAUAUUCGAAAAAUUGGAUUUAUCUUGUUGAUGUAUGGAACCCUUUAAUUAUGGCAUUUCAAAACAUAAAUAACCAAACUUCGCCAAAAAUCGUAAUUUGUCAGAAAUUUUUUUAUCGCUUUGUACAAAUAUUAAAACCUUUAGUUGUACAACUACAUGUUUUUAAAUUUAAAAUUCUAGGUAUGAACAACAGACAAUGUAAGUUUCCAAGAGGUAAAGUAAUGGGCGGAUCAAGUGUUUUAAACUACAUGAUAUACACCAGAGGUCAUAGAAAAGAUUAUGAUGAUUGGGCAAACGCAGGAAACAUUGGUAAACAUAUAACAAUAAAAUAAUAGAUUAUUUUUCAUUUGCUUGAAACAAUUAUUAUAGGUUGGGGCUACGAUGAUGUGCUUAAAUAUUUUCUUAAGUCAGAAAACGCAAAUUUAACUUUUCAAGAUCCAGGAUUUCAUCAAAAAGGAGGUCUCCUAAGUGUAACAGAAGUUCCAUAUAAGACUUCAUUAAGUAAAGCAUUUGUCCAAGCAGGAUAUGAAAUAGGAUACCCACCGAGAGAUCUCAAUGGAAAAAGUCAAAUAGGAUUUGAUUUUUUACAAGUAACAAUGAAAAACGGAUUAAGAUAUAGUACAAAUGCAGCAUUCCUUCGCCCGAUACGAAACCGAAAAAAUCUGUUUAUUAGAAAACAGAGUCAAGUGACUAAAAUUUUGUUUGAUGAAACUGGCAGUACGGCAAUUGGAGUAGAAUAUUACACAGGAAAACAAAAACAUAGGAUUUUUGCACGAAAAGAAGUAAUAAUUUCAUGUGGAGCAAUUAAUUCUCCUCAGUUGCUUAUGUUAUCAGGGAUCGGACCGAAAGAUCACUUGAUAUCAAAGAAUAUUAAAGUUUUGCGUGACCUACCUGCAGUUGGUCGUAAUUUAAUGGAUCACGUUGCAAUGGGAAGUUUGGUAUAUACUAACAAUGAUACGAGUUCAAUAUUUAAUGACCGGGCAUUCACUUCCAAUAGUCUAUAUGAUUUUCUAAAACGCCAUCACACAGGAUUUUUAUCAAUACCUGGGAGCACGGAAGCAUUGGCACUUAUUGACGUGAAUCAAAUGGACAAUCUUAAUGCCCAACCUAAUCUUGAGCUGUUAUUUAUAAAUGGAGCGUUCAGUGGGGAUACAACAAUACAAUCAUCAUUUAACCUGAACGACGACGUAUAUAAUCGUGUUUACAAAAAAACCGAAGGAAAAAAUAUGUGCAUGAUUUUUCCAAUGAUAAUGAAACCAAAAAGCAAAGGUUGGAUAGAAUUAAAAGACAAUAACCCUUUCCGAUACCCAGCAAUUUAUCCAAAUUAUUUUUCUGACGAACGUGACUUAGAUAUUGUAGUAGCUGGAGCUAGAAUAAAUGAACGUUUGAUGAAAACGAAUGCUAUGAAAAGUAUAAACGCCACACUGUGGGAUAUUCCAAUACCCGGUUGUGAUAAUUUAAAAUUUAACUCAGACGAUUACUGGAAGUGUGUUGCCAGAUAUCUGUCUAUUACAAUAUACCACUUGUGCGGAACGUGUAAAAUGGGACCAAUAGGAGAUCCAACUGCUGUGGUUGAUCCGAGGUUAAGAGUUCAAGGAAUAAAUAGACUAAGGGUUAUUGACGCUUCGAUUAUGCCUGAUAUACCGGCAGCACAUCUUAAUGCACCGACAAUAAUGAUAGGUGAAAAAGGAUCAGACUUAAUUAAAGAAGACUGGGGUAUAAAUAUUUAAAAAAAAAAGAAAAAACAUUUGUAAUGUUUUAAGUAACACAAGUCAAGGGGGGGAGAUAUUAAUAUGUAUUUAUUUAUUUUUAAUUUUUACGGACAGUGUCCAAUUUACAAUAGUUUAAUAGUAAUUACAACAACAAUAAUAUUGUUGUGAUAAAGAAAUGUUAAUAUUUUUUUAAUUAUAAGUACCUAUGUUCUAUACAAUAAUAAGUUCAACGAGAAAAAAAAAGAAUAAACACAAAAAAGAAAUUAAUUAUUUGAAUAAAUCACUUAAAUAGAUUAUUAAUUAAUUGAUUGUUACCAGCACGAAUUAAGAUAUACAGGAUAUACAACGAGACCCUGUUAUCAGCAAACUAUUGAUUCCAACGGUUUUUUUUAUCAUAGAGUAAUAUAGAGAAGCCGUUACAUAAUAUAUCCCCCGUGUUGUAGUAGUGAAGCCAAAUGUUUAGUUGUUGACCCCUAUCGAGAGUCCAUUUGCUCUUUACUUGUCCACUAUAUCGCAUAGUUAUCGACAAAUUGAUGCUAUGUAUUUGUUAUUAAUAUUACAAAUAAGAUCAAUAGUGAAGUUCAAUACUUAGUGUCUUAGUCAGCAUAUUGUUUAACUACUUGGCAGGACGGAC